AUGUAUCUGACUGGGACGUGUCACGUGCCGGUGGGUACAGGAGACGAUGAGGAAAACGCAGAGAAUUCCGGCACACUAUCCAGGAGGGUGAGUUCAGACACUGAGCAGGCAGGAACACCUACUCCUCCAGUUGCACACGGGUCGGAAUCAAACCAUGUUGACGGCGAACAGCCACCACCACAAGACCAGUUCGCCGAACGACUGCAGCCGACACAGGAGCAGCGGGAACAGCAGGGCAAAAGGCAGCUUGAGCAACACUUCCAGAGGUCCGCGGAGCGACACGACCCGAGGCCGGAGGAGCAACACGACCCGAGGCCGGAGGAGCAACACGACCCGAGGCCGGAGGAGCAACACAGCCCGAGGUCCGCGGAGCAACAUAACCAUAGUGCGGAGCAGCAACACGACCCGAGGUCCGCGGGCCAACACAACCAUAGUGCGGAGCAGCAACACAACCCGAGGUCGGAUGACCAGCAGGUGGAGAGGCACCAUACCUUGCAGCGCCAGCUGUCUUUUGUCAUGACAGCGGGACUAUUCCGCUUCCGUUAA